AUGGAGGAUGUGGAAGACAACAUACAUCCUCAGCCAUACACAGAUAAUAUCCCUACAGAAGAUGAGGUUGAGCAGGAUGCAAACAGCAGACAGGGACUCUUCAAAUACUUCAGAGUUGCAAGAAUAGAAUAUCCAAAAUUCAUCCUGCUCGGCGUGAUGCUUGGAAUCGUGGGAUUCAUAUACUCGUUCAUGAGGAUUUUAAAAGACAUGUUUGUAAUGGUAAGGCAGGAGCCAACAACAAUCCUGUUCAUCAAGAUAUUCUAUGUGCUUCCGGUGUCGAUGACCCUGGUGUUCCUCAUCCAAUACGAGCUUGGCUCAAAGACAAUCUCUAGAAUAUUCUCCAUAUUCUGCGGCGGGUUUGCAUCGCUCUUCUUCUUCUACGGCGCUGUCCUUCUGAUCGAGGAGCAUGUCUCGCCCUCAAGAUUCCUUUUCAGAGACAUCUUUGUUGAUGGAAAAAUGUCUUCGAAAGGACUCAACAUCUUCAAGUCGAUGUUCUUGACAAUCAACGAGCCGCUUGCUACACUUGUGUUCAUUACGGCAGAGAUGUGGGGCAGCCUGAUUCUGUCGUAUCUGUUCAUGAGCUUUCUCAACGAGUCGUGCACAAUCAAGCAGUUCUCCAGGUUUAUUCCCUCACUGAUCAUCAUCAUGAAUCUGUCGCUGCUCCUGUCUGCGAUUGCAACAGGCGGGUUCUUUAACCUCAGGAGAAGUUUCACGUUUGAGCAGAACCAGUUUUUCCUCUCAGGUAUUUUCAUUACACAAGGCAUUCUAAUAGUGCUGGUGAUCUUCUUGAAGAGCUAUCUUGAGAAAGUAGUGAUGGCAAGACCGUUGUUUGUUGUUUCCUCAGGAUCAAGAAGGAAGAAGGCAAAGGCAAAUGUCUCGUUUUCAGAGGGGCUUGAAACCAUGUCCCAGUCCAGGCUUCUUCUUGCAAUGUCUCUGAUAGUGCUAUUCUUCAACAUCUCCUACAACAUGAUUGAGUCCACAUUCAAGGCCGGCACAAAGGUUGCUGCUGAAUACUUCAAUGAGGAAAAGGGGCAGUACUCUGGAAAGUUCAAUCAGAUUGACCAGUACAUGACUUCAAUCAUUGUGAUCGCCUUGAAUCUGUCGCCUUUCUCAAGCCUUGUGGAGACAAGCGGCUUUCUGCUGGUAGGGAUGAUAACGCCAAUCAUCACGCUGACGGCUGUGAUUUUCUUCUUUGGGUCUACGAUCUAUAACACGGUUGUUGAAGGAUCCUCGCUUAAAUUCCUGAGCGGGCUUUUCCCUGAUGGAGAGCUGAGGUAUAAGCUUGAGAACUACUCAGGUAUCAUAUUUCUGUCUCUGCUGAAAAUUGCAAAAUACUCGGCAUUCGAUAUAUGCAAAGAAAAACUUGGCAUGAGAAUCAACCCCACAUACAGAGCAAGAUUUAAGAGCGUCUAUGAUGGGAUUUUUGGAAAGGUCGGGAAGUCAGUGGGCUCGAUAUACGGCUUGAUGAUGUUUGAGAUUCUUUCGACAGAGGAUCUCAGGCAAGCAGCCCCAAUCACUGCAGGAAUCGUCUCAGUGUUUGUGGCAAUGUGGAUUAAGUCAAUAGUGUAUCUAUCAGGCUCGUACGAAUCCGCCGUCAAACAGAAUAAGGAUGUGGAUAUCGACAUGGCUGAGACUGAGAAAGAUCAAGUGGCAGAGCCCGAGAAAUCAAAAAUGUAG